CAGCUAAGAUUGUUCGUCUGUGCAGUCGACACACUGGCAGAGAGGCUGACACACCGUCAGGCGCAGCUCUUGAGCCUUCCCAAAAUCGCCAAAACUCAAGUACCCCGGCACGGAAAAGCUACUCGUUCACUCCCUCUCCCUGGUUAUCUGCACAGCCAUCCGCUCCUGUGGCGCCCGUCGAUACCUUCAUGAAUCCUCCCGCUAUCGACCCAUACCGUCCGACACUAUCUCCUGCUACUCUCCCGCUGUCCAACACUGGUAGAGGAGACGAUGACGACGCUGCCUCGCAUCUCUCAAGGUCUCGGUGUGCAAUCGAGAACGAGCACGUGCCUUAUGAUCUCAGCUUUGUCGAUCCGGCACUGCGGAAGGACGCCUCUCCGUCUACUCCACUACCGAGAAGCCUGCAGGUCCUGGACGAGCAGCAUUUCCGCCGCGUCCUCGCCAGAGUCGCUACUCCCUCCUUCGCGGAAGCUAGCUUCGGCUGACGCGUCAGCCAACGUAUCAUCCCCGGAAAAUGCACGCUCUGCAUCAUCGGCGCCGAUUUCACGCACGGACACGCAUGCCGAUGAGCUUCCUUCCUUGGUUGUACCGUCGCCGAAGCUAUCGCCUGCCUUAUCAUCGGAGGCAGUCCCAACGGACACAUUUACCCGCAAAACCCUCCCAGACGACGACCACUCAGCCUCGCUGAAGCCUCAGCAUGCCGAGAUGGCCAUGCGCAGUGACACGCCCUUUGAUCUCGCUAUGGGCGAGGGCUCCAGGACGCAGACGCACGACCGACAAGUAUCACUCGAGGCGAGCGAUCCUCCAACUGAACUCGCACCAGUGGACGAGCCUGCUCAAUCGUACCAGGUUCAAGACGGCGUUUCUGGGCCACCCACACAAAUUCCAGCGCGCUCGUCAAGUCUUCCUCCAUCACAUCUACGGGUUGCAGAGCAGACGGCCCCUACCACGAAGCGGGGCAGUGCACUAUUGAAGCUCAGCGGCCUGAAGAGCGUCAGAAAGGCGCUCCGCGGCCGG